AUGUAUUCCCCGGAAUCGGGCGGCGAUGAUAUUCCUCCUCCUACCAUUGAACAAACUCCUACACGAUUUUUGGCCUCAUGCUCAAAACUUGACUUGGAACCUAAUCCUUUCGAACAAAGUUUUUCCGGUGUUGCUCCUAUUCCAAGCGAUGUAGGGACUAAUAGUCCAAAACCGAGUCUACCACCUGUAUCACAAAUUGCAAGUCCUGGUAUUCCGGGGGCAAGUGAUGAGCAAUAUGGUUGGAGCUUACAAUCUUUAAGAAGUGGUGCUUUAUCUCCUUCUAUGCUUACCGGUCCUCAGGAUGCUACCUUACUUAAUGAAUUUUCUCAACCUGGUCGUACCGGAACUACUCCUCUUCCUUUCGGUUCUUUCUCUGAUCCUUUCAGUAAUCCUGCUAAUAAUUUCGUUAAUCAACCUCUUCCUGUUCUUUCUACUGAUCCUUUCGGUCGUGGCAAUUUCAAUCGUCCUCUCUCUGAUUCUGAUCGUAAAUCAAUCCCUUCAAAUCCUGCUACUUCUGCUCCUCCUGUUACUAACGUCUCAACUUCUCAAUCUGGUGUUAUACAACCUGGUUUACCUACAACAAAUAUUUUAAAUAUGACAAAUGGUUCUUCAACUUCUUCUGCUUCAAAUGUUAUCGUUCAAAAUCCUUUAAAUCAAUCUGUUCUCGUUACAAAUCCUACCCUUAACAAUAGAAAUAUGGUUUGCGCUCCUCAACAAGAUUUGAUAAGUAGAAAUCCAAUUAUUUCAGAUAAUAUCUUACCAAAAACUGAGAAUGAUGAUUUUCCUUCACAUUCAAAUAAUAUCAUUACAAAUUUACAUAAUGGAAGACAUUCUAAUACUAUAAAUUCAAAUAUACCUACUCGUAAAUCCUCAAUCAUGUCCGAUUCUAUGGAUGAGGAUUCAUCUAAUAAAUUGGGAAGUUCAAGCUCUAUGAAAUCUAGUCCUCGUAGUUCAAGGCGAAAAGCUGAAGAACCUCUCGUAAAAGAACAACCUCCUUCAAAGAAAAAUGGUCAAAAAGUUAAAAAUGAAAUGACUGAUGAAGAAAAACGAAGAAACUUUUUGGAAAGAAAUCGUCAAGCUGCCCUUAAAUGUCGUCAGCGUAAAAAGCAAUGGUUGGCCAAUUUACAGGCCAAAGUAGAAUACCUUACCAACGAUAACGAAAAUUUACAAAAUCAAGCUCAAUCUUUACGUGAAGAGAUUAUCAAUUUAAAAACUUUAUUACUUGCUCACAAAGAUUGUCCUAUUGCGCAAGCUAAUGGUGUUAUGGGUUUAGAUUCGAUACCACCUUCCUCUCAAGGAAUUCCUCCAAGUAUGAAUGGUAUGAGUAUCGGUCCGAUGGGUAUGGUGCCUGGCAUUCCUAAUUCGGCCCUUACAGGUGUUCCUGUUAACGGUGUGCAAGGAACAAUGCCAAUAUCAAAUGUACAGGUACCUCCACACAUGACAAACCAUGUUAAUGGUCCACCUGGUUCUGGAUUGAUGAGAUAUUAA